CAGCAUUGUCUUAGCUGGACAAUCAGAGCUUUGUUUUGACACCUCAGCAGUUGUCAGCUGUCGGGUGUUUUUGUUCAGAGGGUUCAGAGCCACCUCCCCGGGGCUCUGACGCCCCAACAAACGGCCCUUGUUACCACAUGACUGGUCUGAGCCUGGUUUUGGGAAGGGUUUCUGGGAGAUGGCUGUGCUGCUGAAUGGUGACUGUGUCAGAGGGGGAGAGUCAGGAACCUGUGUUGGUGCUGGGAUAAGUCAGCUGGACCUCUUCCAAAAUGCUGUUUGUGGAUAAGAAUUGUUUUUGUUUGGGUGUCACACAUCUGUGUUGGGAUAGAACACCAAGGUUAACUCCUGCCCACAGCCAGAGUGGUGGGUUUUUCUCCUCCUGGGGUGUGAGGAAUGGAUGGGGCUGUACCUGUGCUCUGAGAAAAGAUGAUUUUUUUUUUUUUUUUUUUUAGGUGGAUUGGGUACAAAAUUGCUGUAUUGUACCCCAAAUCCUUCCCCUAAGAACAUCCACAGGUGUUUGUGCUGCCCUCGGCAGAGCCAAGGGGGGUGAGCAGGCACCCAACUUCCUCAGCACCAACACCCUGUUCCAGAACUCUUGGCUUAGUGGGUGCCAGGGAUUUCACAGCCUCAGUGUGACACUCAUGGCUCUGGCUUUCUCUGUACCCCUGAUCCUGAGCCUUUUGCUUCCCAGGUUUGCUUUCAGGUUUAACUCCACACCUGGAGCAUCUGGUGCAGCCCAGCUGACACGUAAUUCCGAGGAUGGAAAAGCUGGUGGGGAACUGGUUUUCUAAGGGGCUAAAGGAGUCCUGGUCACUUGAUUAAGAAGAAGCCCUCAGUUUAGGGAGCUUUCCUGUGUCCCACCGGGCACUUGGAUUGCACCUGAGCUGUGCUUAACCCAUCGAGGAGCAGUGAGGUACAGCCCAGCUCCAUGUGCUUGGAAGGCUGGAGCUGGUGCUCUCCCCGAAGGAAUCCCAGAGGCUCCACAGUCGGAGGAAUUUCUCUCCUGGAAGCCGAAACGGGGUCGGACGCGAUCUGGAGCUGAGCCCCUUCCCCUCUACCUGAAUAUCCCUGUGAGCAGCAGCAGCCCUGGCAUAGAGGCUGUUCUCCGGCCACGCUUAUCUUUGGAAAAACAACACAAACCAACCGACCAAACAAAAAAAUCUGGCAAAGCAUCUGAGCUGCCCCCGCUCGCUGACUUUGUGUCGAAGCCACUUUUAAACCCCGCAGCAAAGCUUUCCUUCCACCCCAAAGGUUAUUUCGCGCAGCGGGGACCCGGAGUGGGGCCACACCAUGGCAACGUUUGUCAGUGAGAAGCUCAGCCGGCUCUUCAUUAACGUGAGGCAGGUCCCUCAGCUGCUGGGGCCCCUCUCUCCCUCCACCGUCAGCAGCUCCGAGGUGCCCAAGGUCUUCUGGAAGCCCUACAUCCACACCGGCUACCGGCCCGUCCAGCAGACCUGGCGCUACUACUUCUCCACCCUCUUCCAGCAGCACAACGAGGCCAUCAACGUCUGGACCCACCUGGUGGCAGCGCUGAUCCUGCUGCUGCGCUUCCAGCAGCUCUCGCGGCGGGUGGACUUCGGGCAGGACCUGCACGCCCAGCCCCUCCUCAUCAUCCUCGCGGCCUCCAUCACCUACCUGACGUUCAGCAGCCUCGCCCACCUCCUGCAGGCCAAGUCCGAGUUCUGGCACUACAGCUUCUUCUUCAUGGACUAUGUGGGGGUUGCUGUUUACCAGUAUGGCAGCGCCCUGGGGCACUAUUACUACGCCAUCGAGCCGAGCUGGCACGAGAGGGUCCGGGGGUUUUACAUGCCGGCGGCCGUGCUCCUGGCCUGGCUGUCCUGUGCUGGCUCCUGCUAUGCCAAGUACCGGUACCACCAGUCCGCCCGGCUCCUGGGCCGGCUGUGCCAGGAGCUGCCCUCGGGCCUGGCCUACCUGCUGGACAUCAGCCCUGUGGUCCAUCGCAUCUGCACCGCGCCGCCCUCGGCGCGCCCGGACCCGGCUCUGCUCUACCACAAGUGCCAGGUGCUGUUUUUCCUCAUCGGCGCCUUUUUCUUCUCGCAGCCUUACCCCGAGAAGUGGUUCCCUGGCAAGUGCCACUUCUUCGGGCAGAGCCAUCAGAUCUUCCACGUGUGCCUGGUGCUCUGCACGCUGGCGCAGAUCGAGGCCGUGGUGCUGGACUACGAGUCCAGGCGGCACAUUUAUUCCGCUCUCCAGGGGGACCUGGCACACAACUUCUCUGCCCUUUGCCUCUUCACUGUGACCUGCUCUGUCCUCACAGCCGCCUACAUGGCCCGGAAGGUGAAGAACAAGCUGGGCUUCAAGGAAGAGUAAAAGCCCUGAAGGAGAAGCAGGUGAGCUCAGCCCGUGCUGGAUGAAUCCCACCCCAAACCUUGAGAAGAGGAAUGAGACGCUUCAUGAACUGUUACUCAGCAAGUGCUUUCUAUAGAAAGGGAAAGUAAAAGCUGCUUUUUUUUA